AUGAUUUCGCAGCAACAACCUCAGCACGAAGAUCUUUUGCAAGUCCUCACAACAUUCGGCAGCAAGAUGAGGACAACGUAUAAAACUGAUCAAAUGUUAAGACGAAUCCAACAAAAAACACAUCAUACGACAUGGAUGUUGGAAGAUAAUUUUGACCCGUUGGCUUCCGAUAAUAAAUUUACAACCACCCAUGCUGAUCGAUUUUAUAUUCCGAAUGAGACCAUGUCGCGUCCUCUCUACCAUAAAUUCGUGAUGGGCUCGGAACGAUCUAAAGGUCUACUUAAUGUAUUAGGAUUUUGCAUGUUACACAAGAAAUUGAAAAAAGAAAACCAAACAUUGAUUUGGAAAAAUCAAAUCGUGGAACGCAUCGGUUUGCAGCUCACCAUGGUGAAAUGUAACAGUAUUAAUUGGUCCUCAGCUCCGUCCUAUAAAGGAGGUGUUGUGAAUCGAUGGGGAGAUGAUUGGUGUGUUUUGUGCAUUGAAUUUAAAAACCCAGAAAAUGAUUCUACUAAGAUUGCAUAUUUUGACUUGAUGCCUGAAGUGCACGAUAUUUACAAUGAAACAACACUUAGCAAUGGUGUACAUGAAUUCGAUCCCUCCAAUCUAACUCACAAAUCUGAAUAUCAAACUAUUGAUGAAACUGAAACUAAUAGGGAGUUUAUUUCAAAGCAUGAUCCACCCCUUGAAAACACUACUAUUUUGUGCGAGACGAUAUUUAAAGUCACUAAAGAAGUACUAUGGGAAGAUCAAGCUGUCAAUUUUGUUAAGGAGCAAUUUACUCAAGAAUUCAAACAUCUUCUUGUGGAAGAAACCAGAAAGUUCUACUCAACAUUUGAAUAA